ACAGCCGAACGAGCGCAUAAUCUCCCGGCUCUCUGUGUCUGCAGCUACGAGGAGAAUGCCAGGCGUGCGGGUCUCGAAGCUAGCGAUUGCAUCUUCAUCGCAGCUCUACUGAGUAAAAUUUCCGACAGAGAGAGUGAAGAGAAUCUAGUUUGUUUGAUCGAAAACAUUAGUACAAGGAUAGACAUUGAAAAGGAGAAGGAAGUGGAGAAGAUACUAAAGAUUUGAGACGAAGAUGGAAGGAGGAGGCGGCUUGGUUCAAGACCAAUCACAGCAGCAACAGAUGCAGGUGCAACCGCAACAGGCACCGCCGGCCGAGAGGCUAAACCAGGAGUUGGUACAGCUGCUCAACUUGGAGUCUCUCAAGACUCGAGUCAUCAGUCUUUACAAGGCCAUUUCUCGGAUCAUCGAAGACUUUGACGCCUACGCUCGCACCAACACUACCCCUAAAUGGCAAGAUAUUUUAGGGCAGUAUUCAAUGGUGAAUCUUGAGCUCUUCAACAUAGUGGAGGAUGUCAGGAAGGUUUCCAAGGCUUUUGUUGUGCAUCCAAGGAAUGUAAAUGCAGAGAAUUCCACAAUUCUCCCAGUUAUGUUGUCCUCUAAGUUAUUGCCGGAGAUGGAAACUGAUGACAACUUCAAAAGAGAUCAAUUGCUUCAUGGAAUGCAAAGCUUGCCAGCACCCCUGCAAAUUGAGAAAUUAAAGGCUAGAAUUGAGAUGAUUGGAGCAGCCUGUGAAGGUGCUGAAAAAUUGUUAGCUGAGACUCGUAAAGCAUAUUGUUUUGGUUCUCGGCAAGGGCCACCGAUUCUUCCAACUUUGGACAAGGGCCAAGCUGCUAAGAUUCAAGAGCAGGAGAACUUACUUCGUGCUGCUGUAAAUUAUGGAGAAGGUCUUCGGAUACCUGCAGACCAGAGGCAGAAUACUUCUGCACUUCCAAUGCAUCUUGCAGACGUGUUAUCUGGACCUGAUGGAGGGCAUACUUUCACUGAUGCAUCCAGCAUGUAUACGAAGAAUACUCCACCCAUGUCUUCAAAUAGCAUUAACAAUCAGGGGAUGUUGUUGCAGGCUACUGGAGCACAACUUAUGGCAAGAUCAGCUGCCUCUCCUGGUGCUGCCAAUGCUACUUCCAUUGACACAACGGCAUCACCACUUCCAUAUGCGAACUCCCCCAGAUCAGGUACAGCUAUGAUGAAUACACCAUCUCCUCAACAGCAAACCCAGCAGCAGCAGCAGCAGCAACAACAACAGCAACAACAAAGGCAGAAAAUUAUGCAAUUGCCUCAGCAUCAGCAGCUACUUGCUCAGCAGCAGUUCAGGCAAUCUCCAAUGCAAGGACUGGGUCAGAACCAGCUAGCCCCACUACAUGAUUUACAGGGCCAGGCUCAGCAGAAGUUUCAGUCGGUAAAUAACACAUUUCUUUUGACAUAGCUUCUUAUUCCUUGC